AUGACCAGGGGUGCUUGGAUGUGUAGUCGGCAGUAUGAUGACGGCUUAAAAAUCUGGUUCGCACCCCGGGAGAACGAGAAACCCUUCACGGAUUCAGAGAGGGCUCAGAAAUGGCGACUGUCCCUGGCAUCGCUCUUGUUUUUCACGGUCCUGCUCUCUGAUCACUUGUGGUUCUGCGCCGAGGCCAAAUUCACGGGAACCGGAGAGAAGGAGCAGCCGCCGCCCGAGAAGCCGGAGCCCGCGGAGCCGGAGCUGCUGGCGGGCAUGGGGGAGCCGGCGCCCCCCGCGCCCCGGCUCCUCGCCCCCCUCGCCCUCCCUCCCGCCCUCCCCGGCAGCAGCGGCGGCGGCAGCCGCGGCAGCCGCACCAACGGCACCGAGCCCCGGCACGGCAAAGCUGCUUUCCUAGGGAACUCCACCACCAGGCCCCUGGAGACGUGUCCCCCCCCGGGCUCCUCGUCCGGGCAGUGCUUCAGCGUGGGGGACGCGGAGGCGGUGUGCCGGCCGCGGGGGGGGUCGGGGCGACCGCCGGGCGCGGGGCAGAGCCCGGCGCCCGGCUGGGACCUGACGGAUUUUUACCUUUCCUUUUGUAAUUCCUACACACUUUGGGAGUUGUUCGCCGGGUUGUCCAAUCCGGACACUUUGAACUGCAGUCUGGAUGUGGUGCUGAGGGGGGAAGGCUCCUGCAGCCAGUGCGUCCAGGCUUACCAGCGCUACGACCAGCACGCUCAGGAGAAAUACGAAGAGUUUGAGGUUAUGCUCCAGAAAUAUUUACAGUCGGAUGAGUACUCGGUGAAAUCGUGUCCUGAGGAUUGUAAGAUUGUCUACAAAGCCUGGCUCUGUUCCCAGUAUUUUGAAGUCACACAGUUUCACUGCAGCAACAGAAUUCCUUGCAAGCAAUACUGUUUGGAGGUUCAAACGAGGUGUCCCUUUAUAUUACCAGACAACGAUGAUGUCAUCUACGGAGGACUAUCAAGUUUCAUCUGUACAGGGCUCUAUGAAAACUAUCCAACCAAUGCAGAACCAGAAUGCUGUGAUGUCAGAUGGGGACUAUUAUCAGAUCAUCAAUCCAAAGGGACUAUAAAAACAAGUGGCUCAACAAUGUGUCACAGGACAUCGCUCACAGUUUCAUCAGCAUCAAGACUGUGUAACAGCAGACUUAAACUGUGUGUUCUUGUAUUAAUUCUCUUACAUACAGUACUUACAGUCUCAGCAGCACAGAACUCAACAGGACUGGGCUUUGGAGGCAUAACAACUUUGGAAGAUAAUUCAACCAAUGAGGAAUGAAAGAAAGGAUUCAUUUUACAUGAUUGAAACACAACAGGCCCAAAUGACUACAGUCAAAAACAGCGAAAACUGAGUGCUUUACCCUCAGAUCUCUUCUUGAAUGACCUUUUGGGUAAAAUGAAAAGGAUGGGCCACUACCCAAACAACAAGGACACAUGAACACAGCUUUUUAUUGACUAAAAGGCUGUUUGGUGACUUAAAUUUCUCACACCAUUUUAUACACUGUGUUUUAAUGUUUGGAGUUUCUUUUUUUGUUUGUUUUUUUGCACUUGUUAAUACAGGAUUUUAUUUUUGGGACGGUUUCUCAAAGCUAAAUUAAGUCUUUUCUCUGUCAAUAUCUUUCUAGUCAUUGUGUGUGUUCAUCUGAUAGUUCUGUCUUUUAUGUCCUGUCAGUUUCUAUUAGAGGAAUGACUGCUAUGAUUCCAUGACAUAGCAGAAAAAAAAAAAAAAAAAAGAAAAAAAAAAAGGAAAAAAAAAAGAAAAGAAAAAAAAAAGAAAAAAUCAACAAAAAACCCAGAAAAAGACCCAACGAAAACCCACAAAAAGAACAACAAAACAAAUUUAACCAAAAAAUAGAAAAGAAAAAAAAUAAAAAAGGCAACCAUGAAAAAAACCCAAACAAACCUUACUGUCCUCUUACCCAUGGGAACCAUUCAUCUCCUUUCCCUUCCCAUCUCUCGUCACAGACAACACACAUUUGCUUCUGUCUGUGUAAUCACAAUGAAUGGGUACACAAUUCUAGUGUGCCUCUGCCACUGUUGCACAAAACAGUUGACUGAGCAAACCCAAAAGGAGCAUGAAGGGGGUUCCUUUUAGCUGAACAAACAAGUGCUCUCCUUACAAGGUGGGAUCGGACAGUUAAAACAUGUAAAGAAAUAUAUAACAAACUGUUGCUCCAAUACCCGUUUGAAGAAGUCCAGUCCUUUCUCACUGGUCAGUUGAACAGGAGCAGCCUUUUUUAGAUAUGCUACAUAAAACCAGUUAUGCUCAGCAAGUUAAGCAGUUGGGAAACCUUCAUAUUGGAGGUAAAGGAUUGACAUUCAUUGUGAAUCAUGUUUUGAGUUCUCCUGCUGUCACAUAACCAGCAGCUUUCCAUAUGGAGCUAAGAACUUCCAAACUCCAACUCUUUUUUGUCUCAACAAAAUUACACUAGAAGUCUUUGAGCAUCUGCAAUACAAAGUAUCUCUUUGGUUUUGAUUCCAUUGUUUUUCUAAUAUCUACAUGUUAUUGAAAGUUACUCUAGUUUAUUAAGGAUGCACAAGAAUGUGUUAGCACAGAUAAAGAAACUAUUUUUUUUUAAUAUAUAGGACAACCAUUUUCAUAAAUGUGCAAUAAAACCAGUAAAGAUAUACUAGGAUACGAGUAGUCAAGAGAAAAGAUUGUAAUAUGAUUGCUGAUUUUUCAUUGUUUGGGGUGGUUUUUAAUUUGUUUACUUUUAUUUUCAUGGGAACAUUUCACCUGCUGAGUGUAUGAGAAUUUGCUUUUUAAAAAGGCUUUUUAGAGUUUACAGUAGAAUCAAUGGAAGGAAGAGUUAAUAAGGGCUGUUUUUAAAAACUUUACAUUCCUUCCUAUUCUCUAACUACACUUGGGAAGUGCACUUUAGAGAUGUUUGCUGUGUAGCUGGGAAAUGAAGGAAAACUAUAGAAAAUGUUCUCUUAGGAAAUAAAAUAUAGUUACCUACUUUCUAGCUAUGAAAUACCCCUUCAUAAAUAUUAAUGUUGUAAGAACAUUUAAUCACUGGUGCGUAAUGCGUUUUUGUAUACACUUUAUGGUCUGUUAAAUUCUGGAGAAAAACAAAAAAGAAGAUAACCAUGCUGCUUAAGCGGUUCAAGAUGCACAUGUUAAGCUGCGAAAGCUCAAAUAUUUUGCAAGAGCGUUUGUUUUAAUAGUGUUUUGCUACAACCCGGACUGAGGAGCCUAAAAUGAUCUGUGCAAAUAUGACAACCACAAAAAGCACCAGCUAAUGCAAAAUUCUUCAGCACUGGUUUGUUUCUAUAAUUCUUCCCUUUCUUGCACAUGCUAUAUUUUGUUCAAUAAAACAUGGUGCUUUUUAUUUAUUUUCUUUUCUUUUAGAGGCACAUGUAUUACUUGUAGUGAACUGAUGAAUAAUUGGGGAAAAAUGUAGAAAUGCAAAAGAAAAAGCCUUAACUAAUGGUAGAAUGUAGACUUUUGAAAGGACAGAGAUGUUACUGAAAAGUGAUGGAGCAAUAACUGGGCAGUGCUCUGGUACUGUACAACAGCUGAUGAGUCACACUACUGAGAAAGCUCUUACUAGGUGAGCUCUUGUUCAACUGACCUCUUAAUUCUAGUAAGUGUACAUGGUCAGUAAACAGUUUGUUAUAACCUUUAUCUACCUCUGCUGUGCAAAGACCAUCCAACAUCCAUUUCUGUGAUGUUCCUCAUGGUUUUUUUGUUCACACCAUUACUCACUGUCAUCUAUUUUUACACUGUACCAAUACAGUAGCAAGUCUGGUUCAUCUUGAUUGAAUUGACACAUGAAGAAAAGUUAUUAUUUCUCUUUUGCCUCAUGGUGAGUUAAUGUAGAGAUAUAUCUAUAAGAUAUUUUAUUUCUUCUCUCCUGCUCUUCUUCAUCCUUCAUCUCUUAUUUUUCUAUAAAAUGGUUUUCUAGUGGUGUCAGUGAAAAAUAUGACUCCUCCACUACUUGGUUACACUCAGUCAUGUGUCAUACAAUAUGAGAGAGACAGGAGGAAAAACCGUGACAACGACAUCACAUGCAUAAAGUAGCCUAAUUAAACUUGGGGAAAAUGAAGCAGAAAACAAUUACAGACUUUCAAUUAUUACUCAAGUACAACAUGUAAUAAAUUUGUCCCCCUCUCCCCACCUGGAGUUAGUGCCUGCAGUUCAAUGGUCUGUGAAUUUUCUGUCAUCUUUUUGAGGUCUAUUUCUUUAAUUUCUGAAGCAAAGAGUCAUGUUGCAGAGGUGACUACUGCUGGGGUAUCUGUUGCCAUUUUCACUCUAGCAGUGUGGUAAGCAGCUUCUCUGGGUGGCACCUGGGACAUCAGGAGUAGACAAAGACUCUUCUAUGAAGUUAAGCAACAUGUAAUCAUGUAUGAUGCAAAAUUCCAUUCCAUCCAUUCUUCAUUCGUAAUAGUUUUCCUGGCACAAACUUAAGCAUGCUUGAUAUUGUGCACAUAUUACUUUUUUCCAGAAUAAAUUUGCAUCUUACCACUGCUAUAACUGCCAUCUUGUUCCAUUUCUCCUUGUACUGUAUGCCUAAUACAUACAUGAUAAAGAGCUGGCUUAACAAAGAAGUAAUACUAAAAUAUUUCUGCAAAUGACCGAUGAGAAGAAAAAGAAAAAAGAAUAAUAUUUAUUUUAUGAUCAUAUGGAAGAAAGAGAUUUCCCAUGCCUUAUAUCAUCUUAUUUUCUGCAAUAGGGAAAAUCCAGAGUUUAUGCAAUAUGUUAAUACUGCUAAGCCAAAUGUCAUAUAACAUAACCAGAGCUAUAUGUUAUUCUUUAUUGCAUUUGCAUUCAGUAAUACAGUAUAUUAAUGCUUUUCUUUCAUUAAAGAGACAGUAUCUUUUUUCUUUUUUUUUUUUUAAUUUAUUUUAAUAUAGCAGGUGAAGGUUGUCCUUCUGCACACCAUAAUUUAAAGACAAAAGCAACGAAAUUCUAGAAUGAAGUUUUAGCUCUAUAAAUGAUGAAACUAAGUCAUCAGCUGCCAAAGAAUUUGUGGAACAAUAGUUACAAACCAAACAAAAAAAUUUCUCCUUGCGAGUUAAAACUAAUGCUAUUCUACACAACUAAAGAAGAAAGAAUGAGAGCUGUAUUUCAAACAGCAAAGACGGCAGAUUUCGUCUGGUACAUAUUGUGGCUCUCAGCUUAUAUAGUUAUACUUUUCUAUUAAAAAGUGAGGGAUAAGGACAUUUUCUUGUGCUCUCUCUGUAUUUGUUAUGAUAAUUAAUUUCCUUUUUGAAGGCAUUGCCUCUCUGCACGGAAGAUACCUGCUUGUGUGAGAGCUGAAGACAGCUUAUGUACAUGCACACAAAUUUACAUAGUGAAAUCUGUUUUACGUGACUACCCAAAGCACAAGCAAAACUCAUUUGCAGAGUAGAGGUAGCUUUUAGGAAAGUGAAAAAAAAUUUCUAUUAGGAAAUUUCAAGAUACCUGUAAAGAAUCAACUAAACAAGGAAUCUGCGAAGGUGCCUGGUCCUUACUGCAGCUUUCACCGUAUAUCCCAUCAGUGCCCCAUGAUAAGCCCAGCACAGACAGGCUUCAAGCUGGGCUCAGUCAUGCUGACUCCAGUGGGCCUUGAUACAGGUAAAGGCACACUCCUACAAAAAAUUCAUAGUAGCACAUAGGUCUCCAUAUUUUGUCCCAUAAUCUUUACUCAGGAAUUGCUCAUGGACAUAGUGCAUAAACUGAGGAUCAAUGGGUUCAGCCCUAGCCAACUGAGUCUUAACAAGAGACUGGCAAAAGCAUAUUACUGCUGAAUGGUUUUGGUUUUUUAUUAUUGUGCACUCAUAUUAGUUUAGAGUGGUUUCAAAAUUGAACUAGGAGCACAGAGGACUACUACUGCAAACUUUGUCAUUGUGGAGAUGAAACUAAAUAGCCUUUCUGAGGUAAAAAGAGGCUUUGCCAUCUGUCAGCAGCUGUCAGGAAACAGUAGUAUUUUAGAAAAGCUUGGGAAAAGAAUAUGUCAAGUUCUGAAUAUAAUAGUUCUCAUUAAAGCUAGAUUUUUGGAUGGGAGUUAGGACUGGAGCACACACCAUCUCAGCUGAGGGAUUUAAUUUACCAACAUCUUCUACAGCAAGUCUGAGGAAUUACAUUUACUGAAGGCAUCUGGAUGUCCAGUAUUUUCCAGCAUUUUUUCAUAUGUUAACAAGCUUGAUCUCUCCCUGAAGGGAGAAGAAAAAUUUACUUUAAGUGAUUCUGGGGGGAAAAAAAAUAAAGUUUAGGGCAACUUGGAAAAUCCUUCUGAGAAACCAGCUCUAAUUCUUCAAAAUACAAUGGGGAUGAAAAAAAAAAAAAAAAGCAUAUGUAGGUUUAGAUCUAUAUAAAAAUAGUCCUAUUUUAAAAGAGAGAGACACAAAUGUAUAUUCUCUACAAUUAUUACAGUGUACUGUAGGGAAAAAGUGCCAAGGGAGAAAAUAAAUGGGGCCAAAUUACUGUAUUUAUAUUCUUUACUAUGGAUUGCAAAUUUCCAAGUAGAAUUUCAACAGUAGAAAUAGAUAUUAUAAAAAGGCAAACAACUUAGGAGAAAGGAGCAUAUUUAGUUAUUCUUUCCACCGUAAUGUCUCCUAUGAGUUUAGCUAUUAGUCUUCUGAACUUUUCCUUGAAAUUGUUGAUUUCUACAGGAAGACCCCAACAGAGACCUCAUCCCAGCACUUCCAGUGGGUGUCAUUGGCACAGGAGAUCUCAGUCAUGGGUCCUAAGGGAGAGUCUGUUUUCAAAGUGCUGACUCUGCUUCAGCACUUCAGUCCAAUCUCUAGGCUCUCACGUUCUCCUAACACCCUGUUCGUCUCUUAGACACACAAGAAGUGACUCAGUUUCUUCUCCAGAGGGGCAUGUGUUUGCCCUGUUUACACAUUCAGUCUCAGUCAGGCUCCACUACACAGGUCAGAGGAAACACAAGUGUGCUUGAAAUGCAAUAUGUGCAAUGGACACCCCAAACAGCUGAAAUAGGAUUAACGUAUUUUGGAGCCAACCCUCUGAGGAAAGGUGAAGAUUUUGCCAGCUGUGUAUGCCUCUAAACCCUUUUGCUAUUCUCACACCGAGAACUAUCUCAGCAGAAGCAGCAAGAGGUUUAUCAACGAGACUUCAUGAAAUCUCUUUACAGCCCUUCAGACCUUACUCCUCCCAGCUGCCCUCCUCUAUGAUUUUGCCAGGAUUUAUUGUUCAGGGUAGGAUAAGCGGAAAAGAAGAUGUGGUGUUCCACUCCAGUGGAAAAUGAAGGAUGUCUGGGUGAAGACUAGAUUGCCAGCUAGGACAUCAUUAACACAAACAUACAAAUCUUUCCAUCAAGUCUUUAGCAGUGGGGGAAACUGAAGAAAGAAGAAGGGUACUUUCAGUUAAAGGGAUAAAUCAGGCAGCAGAGGGAUAUAUCUUCAUAGAAUAUGAGAUUUAUUUGAAAAUAUCUUUAGUCAGGACAACACAGAGCAUUGCAGCACCAAACUCUUAUGUGUCUUAUAAGUGGUGAUUAUACACCUCCAAAUUAAGCUGGAUGAAGCAUGAUCAUGAUAGAAAUUAGUAAUACAAUCCAAGAGUCUACUGAGGAAAGUACCAAGCCAGUGUUCUACACUGAAUGGGAUAGUCUUAUUUUAAUCCUGCUAUCUUGGGGUCAUUCUCUGAGCAUUCAGUAAGUUCCUAUGUCUCCCUGGGAUUCACGUUUCUGAAGGUUUUUUAUUGGACUGAGGCUCGUCCACCAGCUUUUUGAAUAAAUUGCAGAUGUAGGAUCAAGUGGUAACAUGAUACCAGCUAGAAUGCAGUGAAAGGGUUUCCUUUAAAUGCAUAUCAGUCCUCUCUCUAAUAGCAGUCUACUCUUAUUGAAUGUGAAAGAAAAACUGUUUUCAUUAGUUUCUUUUAUGGUGUUGCUCCAGUAGACACAAAUAAAUGAACUAAUUUAGUAUUCUAGUAAAAAUAUAUACAAGGUCUGGUUACUACAUACAUACGAGAGACAGGCGCUCUUUUCCUCCUCUGAGGAAUGUCAAUAAAUUAUAUAUUGAGCAGUCAAUAAUCUGGUAGCAUUACCUAAUUUUGACGGCCUUUAUUGUAAUUUCCAAAGGGAAUAGAGGAUUUCAGUCAAGUGUGUUCUACUUAUUUCAUUUGAUGAUGAAGAGCACCUAGCACUUUACAAGACCAAGUUUCUAUGUAGUAGUGGUACUUGACUAUCAUCAGCUACUAAUCAGUUUUCUAGGAAAACUCUGUAAAGAAAGCAGAACAGCUACAUCAGUUGAAAGAUAUCAGAUCUGUGACCAGUGAGAAAAAUAGUCACUACUUUUUGUUGGGUUUGGACAAGAUCAGUAAAAACAAAGGCAGAAUAAAGAAAAUUGUCUUUCUUCCAUUCCUUCCCUCCAUCCACCUUUCCCUUUCUUUAACAGAAUCACCAGUCUGAAAUAGAGAAUAUUUUGCCUUAGUAGCUCUCUGAAAAUUAAAUGCAUUUGAUAAAAGGUAGAGUUUUCCUAUUUCCUGUUUCCUACACUUGCAGGAUAAAAACCAGAACAAAACAACUAAUUUUAAAAAACUCAAACCAAAAGAAAUUAUGAAGCAAAAGUAUUUAUUUUUUCAUCCACAGAGAGAUGUUCUCACAUUGUUUCCUAUUCAUCAUUAAUCCACAGGUCCACUGAAUUCUAUGGGAUUCGUGCUUUUCAUUUAGAUGAAACUAGGAUUAAUACCAUGGAUCAAAAUCUACCACUUUCAGAGCAAGUCCUUUCACUGACUUCAGGGAGGAUUUGGAAAGCCCAAGAUCCCUAUGAGCAAAGAUAAACUCACAUGGAUAAGAUAAAUAAACAUGUGAUCAGUUGAAAGACUGAAAUGUUCCUAAGGUUUGUCCAAGGGUUUGGUCAAAUAAUUAGCUGCAGCUCUAUGCAAAAGUCAUGUUGAGCCAAAGCCUUGAGCUUUGAUUUGAUAGACCUUUCUUUUUCUGAACUCUUAACAAGUUUCAUUCAGGGUUUGAAUAUGCAAAAACUUAAACAGGAUUAUAAAUACAAGAAGAAAGACUGAAAAAAAUUUACAGUAUUUUCACUCCCCAAAGUGGAAAUUAAAUUUUAAAAUUCUGAUAAUUGCAUUUUUUAUUAUUAACCCUUAACGACAAUUUAUUUAUGUAGUUCUUCAGAAGCUGUUUGGUUUCAUUUGUUUGUUUUCUUAUGCUUUGUUCAAAACCAGAUUUUUGGCCUUUUAAAGAUUCUGAUUGAACUAUGCAGCUACAAAUUACAUGUUUAUGUUAAGAUAUUUGCAAUUAAAAUUAUUCUACUCUUCUGUUAUUCCAAAUUGUACGACAGAAAGCUCAUGUUAAAAGUAGAUUUAUUUAACUGUGUUUAAUCUCAUUUCCUUUUUCUUUUCCCUUGUUAUUUGGGUUUUUUCUUUCUUUAGAGUUAAGGACUGGAUUUCAUUUGAAAUGGGCUAAACUGGCAUCCGUGUUUUUUAACUAUAUGGAAUGUCCUAUGAUUCUUAGCAUUGAAAAGAGGGCUAUAUGGUCCUGUCAGAAAAAAAAAAAAAAAACAAACCUGUAAAUUGUAAUAAUAUAUUAAAUAUUGUAUUAUUAUAGCUACUUUAGUUAAGCAACUAAAACUAUCUUUAAUUUUUUACAGAGAACUUUGAUGAAAUAAUUUAUUACAAUGACUCACAGAAAAACUUCUUUUCAAAAUGACAGGAGAAACUGUUGAAGAUUGUGAAAAAAUACUAAAAAUAAUGCUAUAUUAAGAAUAAAUUUAAAGAUGCAAACAGUGAGUCUGACUUUUUGGGUCAGGGAUUUGUGAAUGAAAUUAAAUCCAAGGUGUUUGGGGGAAUAAUGAUUUUGAAUAAUACUUAAAUUUAAAAAACUUUCUUCUCAAAAGAAAAAAAUGGGGAAAAAAAAAUUCAAACACUUGUGUUCUAGCCUGGACUGAAAUUACCUAUUUCAUAAAAUGCCCUUGACAUAAAUAUAAAAAUUGAGGUAAUCUCCUCAUAUUCAACUGUGUUUCCAGACUGUGGUGUAUAACACAACAUCAGUACUUUACAGCCAUUGAAAUCAGAUCUCUUUCGAAGGGAACACAAUUAGAAGAAAUGAAAAAUAAUACCCAUGAAAGAAAAGUAUUUAAUUUUUAGAACAUGCGUAUGUCAAAUUUAAAUGGUGCAACAUCUACAAAAAUACAUGUUCAUUUAUUACCUAUGGGAUAUUCAGUAGUUUACAAUGAGGAUCUGAAUGUAUAAGUGAUAUUAGAUACUUUGUCUAGUUGCACAAGGACUGGUUCUUCCCAAAAGGGAUUGACAACGAAACAACAGUUCAAAGAGGUGAGUUCAGAGACAUUUACAGGUCAGAUUUUGAAUGUUUUAGGAACUAUUUUGGGUGACAGUAAAUGAUAGCAACAUUGUGGAAAUCAGUGCUGACCCCUCUGAUAACAUGAAUCAAAAUACAGUGAAGCUGGCAUAAGGUACUGCUGCAAAUAACAGGUGAAAAUAAAAAGUCAUUUGUAACAAUAUAAACUGUAAAUCUGGUGAGAAAAUAAACCACAAAUCUCAGUUUUCUCACAGAUGUGUAACCUGAUACUGCUUGUCACACUUUCAGAGCCACCCACCUUUUUGACCUACCCAGCUGCUGACACAGGUAGGUACAUGCAAUGGGUGAAUUAACUGCUCUAUUUCAACAUACAGAUUUACUAAAAACUCCUUUUUCAUGUCAUAAUGUUUGUCUUGAAGCCAAACUAUUUUCCUUGCCUUGAAUAGCAUCUGACACUGUGAAUGAGACCAGUUUCACUGACUUGGUAAAUUAAAACCUGAUGACCAACAAUGCCAGUUUUUCAUUAGGGCAUUGGUUUCUUAGGAGGGGAUGUGAGGAAUCCACUUUGUUUCAAACCUAUGGUCAAAGUGUCCCCCACUGCAAUGAGACUGAGGUUUCAAUUUAUGUAUGCAACUUCAUCAAGUAUAAAGUGAAUGGCAGUUAAAUGUGACUCCUAUUCUAAGGAAACAGUCUGGAGCAUAAGAUGAAAUAUUUUUUCUGGCUGGACACUUUCACAUGGGACGAGAAAAAGGAAACCAAGCAUACAUAAAUCAAAAUAAAACUCACUAAGGUUAUGGUAUAUAUUUAAGGUUAUUUCUAGAACCCUGUAGUUUUGGGUUUUUUUUCUUUAUAACAUACUUUCCAUGUUGUUUAGUUUAAGGUUGGAUUGUUCCACUUUUUGUAACAAAACUUCACAGGAUUAUACUAGUCUAUACUCUAAACUGAUAGUGAUGGACUAUGUUCUUCAAAAGUAAACGCAUUUACCAGAUCAAGCAAGAAAAAUUUUUUUCAAACAUGUGUUCAUCAAUUCUACCCAGUCCUUGUCCAUGCCCACUUUCUUACUAUAGCCUCCUGCUUAAUAUUCUGUAGAACAAUAUGAGUUGGAAGGGACCUUCAAAGAUCAUCUAGUUCCAAUGCCCCCUGACACAGGCAGAGACACCUUCCACUAGACCAAGUUGCUCAGAGUUCCAUCCAGCCUUGAGUACUUUCAGGGAUGGAGUAUCCACAACUUCUUUGGGCAACCUGUUCCAGUGUCUUACCACUCUCAUUGUAAAAAAAAAAAAAAUCUCUUUUGUGUCCAAUCUAUACCUACCCUCCUUCACUUUAAAACCAUUUGCCUUGUGAUGUUGCUCCAGUCAUGGUACGCAGUCUCACAGUCUUGCUGAGCCCUGUGUUAUGUUUUGUAAGGCUACAAUAAGGUCACCAUAGAGUCAUCUCCUCUUUAGCUUGAACAACCCUAGCGCUCUCAUCCUAACUUCAUAGGAGAGGUGUUUCAGCCCUCUGACCAUUUUUGUAGUCCUCCUUUGGAUACACUCCAUCUAGUACUGGGGACCCCAGAUGCAGUACUCCAUGUGGCAUCUCAUGAUAGUAGAGGAAGGCUUU